AAAUGCAGUAGGAAGAAGAAGAAUAGAGAGAGAGAGAGAGAGAGAGAGAGAGAGAGAGAGAUGAAUUCAAAUUGGAUCAAAAGCAAAGCUGAAGCAGUAAUGGAAAAGAUUAAAAGAUGAUUCUUCUGCUGCUCCAAUGCCAUGACCUCCGAGGGAACAACAAGACAAAAAGCUGAAAUCUGCAAAUAUUAAAUCAUAUUAUAUCCAUUCAUUUCUUUCAUAAGAUAAACCUAAUAAUAUCUUUUUUCUUCUUUGGAUCCAUUUUUGUGGAUUGAAAGUUUUCUAUUUAUAAUUGGGUUGUAUCCUUUAAUUAUUUUCCUAAUUAAUCAUCGAGCCUCUAAUUAAUGGAGCCUCGUGUUGGUAAUAAGUUUCGUUUGGGCCGGAAAAUCGGUAGCGGCUCCUUUGGUGAGAUCUACCUCGGGACUAAUGUUCAGACUAAUGAAGAGGUUGGAGUUAAGCUGGAAAAUGUGAAGACAAAGCAUCCUCAACUAUUAUAUGAAUCAAAGUUGUAUAAAAUACUGCAAGGAGGAACUGGAAUUCCCAAUUUAAAAUGGUUUGGAGUCGAAGGAGAUUAUAAUGUCCUUGUGAUGGAUUUACUGGGACCUAGUCUUGAAGAUCUCUUCAAUUUCUGCAGUAGGAAACUGUCCUUAAAGACUGUUCUUAUGCUUGCAGACCAGAUGAUAAAUCGAGUUGAAUUUGUACACGCCAAAUCUUUUCUUCAUCGAGAUAUAAAACCAGACAACUUCUUGAUGGGAUUAGGAAGACGUGCAAAUCAGGUCUAUGUAAUUGAUUUUGGGCUGGCCAAGAAGUAUAGGGACUCCACCACUCAUCAGCAUAUUCCAUAUAGAUUUUUCUAUGAAAGGACAAAAAAGAUGAUUUCUUUUAGUUUGCAUCAACUCUAUAACACUAUGAUCCUUUCUUCCUCCUUCAGGGAUACUCCUGUAUUUCAAUUAGUUUGUCCCUUUUUGACUUGUGAGACUUAUUAACAGAAGAGUUCAAGAUAAGAGUUGUUUAAUAUCUGUAGGGAAUUAUUGUGACUAGAGUUUGACUUUUGUAUUGCAGAAGAACAAAGUAGAGGUUAAAGGUCUACUGAGAACAAUGAUAUAUUUAUCCGUUAAAACCUCUUUUGGCAUGCAAAAUGAAUCAAGAAAUUACUUUCAAAGAAAAUGGAUGGUAGAGAUCCCAAAGAGAAAAGAAAAACAAGUACUUAUGGUUUGAGGGAGUUGUACUUGUGAGUAAAGACUGAGGGAAUUUCAGUUUGUUUCUUUUCUUUUUUUAAGUCAUAAGAUACUAUCCUAGUCAAACACCAAGUGAGUCCAAAAUUACCAGCUACAUUGGGUCUCCUGGAUUUCUUGGUAUUGACACAAUGUAUCACUAGUAUAUCACAAAUUGGUAUCACAAUUUUGGUA